CAAAAUGGCUGCCAAGCGGCAGAAAACCAGAGACAUAUAAGAGACUCUUAUAUGUCUCUGAGAAAACGAACUUCAGAAAAUUGUUGUUACAAUAAUGAUUACUCUUUAAAACUAAGAUUGGGGUUUGACAGAAGACAAGCUGUUAUUAAGUAACUGGGGACUUCCUGAGCCUGUGUUAAAACAGUACACAGAUAAGGGGAUCACCUCAAUGUUUUCCUGGCAAGCAGAAUGUCUGUGUUUACCCGGGGUUCUAGGGGGAGGUAACCUGGUAUACUCAGCCCCCACUAGUGCUGGUAAAACAAUGGUGGCUGAGCUCCUGGUCCUGAAGCGAGUCCUAGAGACAAAGAAAAAAGCCAUCUUUAUCUUACCUUUUGUGUCUGUGGCCAGAGAGAAGAUGUUCUAUUUACAGCAGUUGUUCCAGGAUGUUAGGGUGGUGGUGAGCGGGUUUAUGGGGAGUUACUCCCCUCCUGGGGGGCUCAGUCAGGUGGACAUAGCGGUGUGUACCAUAGAGAAAGGAAACGGACUGAUAAACCGACUGAUGGAGGAAAACAGCCUCAACAAGCUAGUUGACAUCUUUAAAGAUAGUAUAUCUAAGGGGGAUACAGAUCAUGUGAUUCCGCUGUGUUUAGAAACAUUGGCUGGGGGACACUCAGUGCUUAUUUUCUGUCCAACUAAAAACUGGUGUGAGAAGUUGGCAGAGACGAUUGCCAGGGAGUUUUACAACAUUCUGAAGAAAGGUCCUGAGACAGACUGUUCCUCCCCUUUACCCCUGAACAGACCCUCCCUGAUGGAGGUCGUAGAACAACUGAGGAGGACUCCUGUGGGGUUAGACUCUACCCUGGGGAAGACUGUGCCAUAUGGGGUGGCAUAUCACCAUGCAGGUUUGACCUUUGAUGAGAGAGACAUAUUAGAAGGGGCCUUCAGACAUGGGUCAGUUAAGGUCCUGGUAGCUACCUCCACCCUGUCCUCCGGGGUCAAUCUUCCUGCCCGCCGUGUUAUCAUCAGGACCCCAAUCUUCCAUGGGAAAACCAUAGACUUCCUGACUUACAAGCAGAUGAUUGGUCGAGCUGGGAGAAAGGGGGUGGAUACACAGG